CCGGAGGUCCCGCCUCCAGGCGCGCGCCCUGCCACGCGCCACGUGCUCCUUCUCUGGAGGGCGGCGCCGAGGGCCGAGCCGAGAAGAUGUACUUGCUGCCCCUUCCGGCUGCCGCGCGAGUCGCGCUCCGCCGCCUGGGAGUGAGAGGUCUCUGGGAUCGGGGUCUGUCCACCGCAGACAUGACGAAGGGCCUUGUUUUAGGAAUUUAUGCCAAAGACAAAGAUGAUGACCUGCCACAAUUUACAAGUGCGGGAGAGAGUUUUAAUAAGUUGGUGUCUGGAAAGCUGAGGGAAAUGUUGAACAUAUCUGGACCUCCUCUCAAAGCAGGCAAAACCAGAACCUUCUAUGGUCUGCAUCAGGACUUCCCCAGCGUGGUGGUGGUCGGCCUUGGCAAGCGAUCGGCUGGAGUUGAUGACCAGGAAAACUGGCACGAAGGCAAAGAAAACAUCAGAGCUGCUGUUGCAGCGGGAUGCAGGCAGGUCCAAGACCUGGAGCUGCCGUCGGUGGAGGUGGAUCCCUGUGGAGAUGCGCAAGCUGCUGCAGAAGGAGCUGUGCUUGGUCUCUAUGAGUACGAUGACCUGAAGCAGAAGAAGAAGGUGGCUGUGUCGGCGAAGCUCCACGGAAGCGGUGAUCUCGAGGCCUGGGAGAAAGGGGUCCUCUUUGCUUCUGGACAGAACUUGGCCCGUCAUCUGAUGGAGUCUCCAGCCAAUGAGAUGACACCAACCAGAUUCGCUGAAAUCAUUGAAAAAAACCUCAAAAGUGCCAGUAGUAAAACCAAGGUCCAUAUCAGACCCAAGUCCUGGAUAGAGGAACAAGAAAUGGGUUCGUUCCUAAGUGUAGCCAAGGGGUCUGAAGAACCACCAGUCUUCUUGGAAAUCCACUACAUGGGCAGCCCCAAUGCAACCGAGGCACCCCUGGUGUUUGUGGGGAAGGGCAUUACCUUUGACAGUGGAGGUAUCUCCAUCAAGGCUUCUGCAAACAUGGACCUCAUGAGGGCUGAUAUGGGAGGAGCAGCAACAAUAUGCUCGGCCAUUGUGUCUGCGGCAAAGCUCAACUUGCCCAUUAACAUCAUUGGUUUGGCCCCUCUUUGUGAAAAUAUGCCUAGCGGCAAGGCCAACAAGCCAGGGGAUGUCGUCAGAGCCAGGAAUGGGAAGACCAUCCAGGUUGAUAACACUGACGCCGAGGGGAGGCUCAUCCUGGCCGAUGCACUCUGUUAUGCACACACCUUUAAUCCCAAGGUCAUCAUCAAUGCUGCCACCUUAACAGGUGCCAUGGAUGUAGCCCUGGGGUCAGGUGCCACUGGAGUCUUUACCAAUUCGUCCUGGCUGUGGAACAAACUAUUUGAGGCCAGCGUAGAAACUGGGGACCGAGUCUGGAGGAUGCCCCUCUUUGAGCAUUAUACAAGACAAGUCAUAGAUUGCCAGCUUGCUGAUGUCAACAAUCUUGGAAAAUACAGAUCUGCAGGUGCGUGUACAGCUGCCGCAUUCCUGCGAGAGUUUGUGACACAUACGAAGUGGGCACACUUAGACAUAGCAGGAGUGAUGACCAACAAAGAUGAGAUUCCCUACCUGCGGAAGGGGAUGAGUGGGCGGCCCACGAGGACUCUGAUUGAGUUCUUACUUCGAUUCAGUAAAGACAGUUCUUAGUUCACUCACAGAUUACUCCAUCUGUCUUGAAUUGGAUAUUUGACCUUCAAAAUAUUUUUGAAUGAAUGAAAAUCUUUUAAAGACUAAAAUGAAUGUUGUUCUUUUUUUUAAUCUUAAUUUUUGGAAUACUUUAAUAUGCUUGAAUCAUGGAAAUCUAAAUGAUAUAUGACUUAAUAUAGGCCCUUUAAACUAUUAAAACAUCUUGUAAUAAUAUGCAUUUUCAAGCCAUAUUUACUAUUUUUACAAGAUAGGGGAAAUCUUAAGUCCAUAAAAAUGGACAAAGGCCAGGCAUGGGGUGCAGAACUUUGAUCCCAGCAUUUGGGAGGCAGAGGCAGCUCGAUUUCUGAGUUUGAGACCAUCGUGGUCUACAGAGUGAAUUCCAGGAUAGCCAUGGCUAUACAGAGAAACCCUGUCUUGGAAAAGCAAAACAAAACAAAAACAAAAAAAACAACGCAUACCACCACCACCAAAAUGUAGAAAGGAAAAUAUAAUGAAUGACUUUGUUAUAUUUUCCAAGUUUUGAUUCUUAAGGUAGAUUAUUUAAGUGUUCCUAUAACUUUCAAAAUCUGAUCCAAUGCAGUAAAUAAAAUAUUUCCUUCUGUUAGUUGUUUGUUCACUGUG